UGUGUUUUCUCUUUAACCAUCUUAUCUAUCAUUUAGUACCAGGUAGUUAGACAUGGCAAGUACUAAAACUAGUACAAAAAUGUUCUACUUGGGUUUUCUUCCACUGGUUUUAGCAUCUGUUUUGUGUUUUGCAGCUUGCACUGAAUCUGCCCCUGGCCCUAGCAGUAAUCGAUAUCGAUAUGCGCAGAGUAGGCCAAUGGCAAAUUCAAAUGUCGACACAUGGUGUAUUGCGAAACCAUCAACAGAAGAGAAAUACCUACGCAACAAUAUUGAUUUUGGUUGCACUCAGUUGGGAGUUGAUUGCAGUCCUAUAGCUCGAGAUGGGUCAUGUUUUUACCCUAACACUACAUAUGCCCAUGCAUCAGUUGUCAUGAAUCUUCAUUUCAAAGCUGCUGGUAAACAUGAUUGGGAUUGCUAUUUUAAUGGCACUGGUCUCACUACUACUUCUGAUCCAUCUGUUGGUGACUGUAUUUAUGAACUCUGAGAAGUGGAGUAAAACUUGGUAGGAAUAGUUAAGGCCCAUCAUCAUGAAUGUCAGGAUUUGAAAUGUGUUACAAAAAUUGUAUGCAUUCUCUUAUUUUAGAUCAAAAUUAAAUAAAUGUACUGAUGCAUUUUAGGGUAAUAAUUAGAUGAACUUGAUUAUUAAUUGGAGUAAUGAAUUCCUUGAACUCUCCGGGAACC